CCUCGCUCAACUCACUCAAAGCUCACUCAAAGCUCACGCGAAGAAUUCCAAGCCUUGACGGACAAACGGAAGUGCCAGCCGUUGCAGCCAUGGACGGCCCAUCCCCCGUCCGCCGCGACACGCCGGCCGAGUCCACGGUGCCGCCGUUUCCGUCGCUGUUCUGGCCGCCGCGGGAGUCGGCCGUCGUCCUCCACGAGCUCGACGAGAUGUGGAAGUUCACCCUCUUCUGGACCCUCAUCCUCUACGGUCUCUUUCACCUGGGCGCGGUCGGCGUUGCCGUGCUGAUGCAUGGCGGCAAGAAGCGGUCCAACUGGAAGUACCUCUGGCUGGUGCCCCUCGUCUACGCGCUCAUUGCCGGCGCCGAGGCGCUCAUCGCGGGCACUCUCGUGGGCUUGAUGGUCGGCGCCACCUAUCUCGUCGGCGGCUACACCAUGUCGACCUGGAUUCCCUUCGUCUGGGGCUGGGUCAACGUCCUGGUCCUGAUCGUGUCGUCCUUCAGGAUACAGGGCGGUCUGUAAGACCCAAGGUGGUAACCGUUAGCACCCUCCAAUUAUCACCCCUUCCGGGACCUCUGACGGCGGGAUUCAGCUUGUUGUGGUCAGAUCAACAAUAACCUCAAUAUCGCGAGAGAUAUUGGACAAUGCCAGAACGCGGCUUGCGGGAUGGGGCCCCUGUCCGCCCCCACGUGGCCACUAAAAUAACUACCCGCUGGCCCCACUGGCGGAUUCCGUCAACUGGUGUCAUCAUUUAGCAGAACACCAGAAUGGAACCAAAACUGACGCUGGAA